AUGAAACCAGACACAACGGCGAAUUGUGGCACAGAACCCACGUGUGAAAUGACGAGUGUGCCGGUGGACUCUCCUCAUAAUGAUUUGCAUCGUGACGAGAAAUGCGAUCACUCUUUGGAGAGGAAUAAGCACAGCGAUAAGGAACCACAUGAGAAUGACGAUGUGAAUGCAGAGCACAAUUUGCUUGCAGAUCCGUCAGGGAUCAAACUGGGGAAAUACGUUAUUCCGCCUCGCGUGGUGGCACCAAUCUGCGCGCUUCUUAUUGUUGCGGGUGGGGUGCUUUUUGCCUUUACGACGCCAAUAAAAAACAAUGACCCGAAGCCGUGGGAUCGCAUCUCGGCAUUGAUUGGCUGGAUUUACUUCUUGGCGUGGGGAGUUUCAUUCUUGCCACAGUUGUACUUCAACACGCGCCGGUGGAGUGUUGUGGGACAGAGCUUUGAAUUUGUUUACCUGAACAUUGUCGGAUUCUUGUGUUACUCCGUUUAUACGCUGUGUUUCUACGCCAAUAACAACGUAAAUAAUAUGUACAAGGAUCGCCACAAUGGGUCGAGUAACAAUGUGGCUCUGAAUGAUGUUGUUUUUGCGGUGUAUGCAUUGGUAUGCUGCCUUUUGAAUGGCUUGCAGAUUAUCUUCUUUGAUCGUGGCGGCCAGAAGAUGAGCAUCCUUGCGACUGGACUCAUCGUCCUUAUAUUCUUUGUCAUUGUGCUGUGGACCUGCCUCAUUGCUGGGGGCGUGAAGCGUGACGUCUUCUUCAAUUAUCUCGACCUUCUGUACGGCCUGAGUUUGAUCAAACUGGGCAUCAGUAUUGUGAAGUACGUACCGCAGGUAUACCUAAACUACAAAAGGAAAUGCACGAUUGGGUGGAACAUCUGGAACAUUUUGCUCGACUUCACAGGCGGUAUACUAAGCAUCUUACAGGAGGUGAUUGACAGCUGGGUGACGAGCGACUGGGAUGGCAUGACAGGCAACCCCAUAAAAUUUGCUCUCGGUUCCGUAAGCAUAUUGUACGACCUUGUCUUCUUUGUACAGCACUUUUUGCUUUACAAUGAGAACAAUAAGCGGCUUGCCUUGCCGGACCAUGUCUACAAGCGCGAGGUUAGAGCGUCAGAGAAAAGAGAAGAGCAAAAAAACGAAAACGAAAAAAUGAUUUAA